GCCGGGGCCGGCCGAGGCUCAUUGCUUUGGCGCCGACUGGGGAGCACGAGCCCGUGGGGGGCGCGCAGCGCACGGUGGCGGCUCCUUUCGGAGCGCAGCCGACCCGCUGACCCGGGCUCCGUUUCCCUGUCCAGCGUGGCCCCGCGGCCGACUGGAGGCCCAAACAGUAGCGGCAUUAGCAGCGGCAGCGGCUGCUCCGCCGCCGCCGCCGCCGCCUCCGCGGGAGCAUGGAGUGCGCCCUGGACGCCCAGAGCCUGAUCAGCAUCUCCCUGCGCAAGAUCCACAGCUCCCGGACCCAGCGCGGCGGCAUCAAGCUGCACAAGAACCUCCUGGUGUCCUACGUGCUCCGCAACGCGCGCCAGCUCUACCUGAGCGAGCGCUACGCCGAGCUCUGUCGGCGCCAGCAGCAGCCGCCCCACCAGCACCAGCACCCGGCGUACGCAGCGCCCGGCAUGCCGACCAGCGCGGCCGAUUUCGGGCCGCUCCAACUCGGCGGCGGCGACGCGGAGGCGCGCGAGCCGGCCGCCCGGCACCAGCUGCACCAGCUCCACCAGCUGCACCUCCAGCAGCAGCUGCACCCGCACCCGGCGCCCAGGGGCUGCGCGGCGGCGGUCGGGGCGCUCGCGGAGCUGCCCGGGGGCGCCUCGCUCCAGCCGCCUCACGGCGCACCCCACCGCGGGCAGCCCUUGGAGCCGCUGCAGCCGGGUCCUGCGCCGAUGCCGCCGCCCGCGCCCGCCGCGCUCUGCCCGCGGGACCCUCGCGCCUCCGCUGCCUGCUCCGCGCCCUCUGCGCCCCCAGGGGCCGCCCCCCAGGCCGUAGCCGCCGCCUCCCCGCCCGCCUCCCCGGCCCCCGCCUCCUCCUCCGGCUUCUACCGGGGCGCGUACCCGGCCCCCUCGGACUUCGGCGUGCACUGCAGCAGCCAGACCACCGUGCUGGACCUGGACACUCACGUGGUGACCACGGUGGAGAACGGCUACUUGCACCAGGACUGCUGCGCCGCCGCCCACUGCCCCUGCUGUGGCCAGGGAGCCCCGGGACCCGGCCUGGCGUCCGCGGCCGGUUGCAAGCGCAAGUAUUACCCCGGCCAGGAGGAGGAAGACGACGAGGACGAGGACGCGGGCGAUUUGGGCGCGGAGCCCCCCGGGGGCGCCCCGUUCGCGCCCUGCAAGCGCGCCCGCUUCGAGGACUUCUGCCCCGACCCGUCCCCGGACGCGUCCAACAUCUCAAACUUGAUCUCCAUCUUUGGCUCGGGCUUCUCCGGGCUGGUGAGCCGACAGCCGGACUCCUCGGAGCAACCGCCGCCGCUCAACGGGCAGCUGUGCGCCAAGCAGGCGCUCGCCAGCCUCGGCGCCUGGACUCGAGCCAUUGUCGCCUUCUAGGGACCCCCCGAGGGCACGGGGCCCCGGAGCCCCGCGGGGCUGGGGCCAAACAAAGACUCGGCCAAGGGGCGAGAGGAGGGAGCAAACAGGCGCCCGGCCACUCGGGUCUGAGCUGGGAACCAGCAGGGGAAGGCGGCUGAUGUUUUAUAAAUUGUAAAAUAAAAAAAAAAAGAAAUCUAAGAUAUUGGACUUUAUUUUUGCAGAGAGAAAAAGCGCCUAUUUAAGUAUGCUUUGUGUUUCUCCUACUCUAUUUUUUCUUGUAGUGAUUGCAGUGGUGUUUAGCGAGAAGCCAGCCACGUGAGGGAGGGCUGCUGCCCGGAGGUGGUGCCGGGCAGCCGGGGGCGAGGCAGGGCGCCCCGGCCGCCGGAGCGCGCCGGGGACGCAGAACAGAAGGGCGCGAGGCCCCGGACGCCAAUGCCAAUCAGUUGUCAGACCCAGGAAGCCCGGCUCUGGGUUCUCCCGAGUACCUCCGUGGGGUGAGAAAUGGGUCUUGUGAAAUCCUGAGCAAAAACAAAGGCAAACUCUAUCUCCGAAAGGGACGUUUGGGUCACAUUUCCUCUCUGGGGGCGGCCUCCAAAGUUCUCAAAAUGAGAAGGCAGAAAUGAAAACACUUCAACUUUUUUUUUCUUUCCCGGGGCGGGUGUCUUGAGCCCCUCCUCUCCCAGCUCUCUGGCUCCGUUCGCCUCCCCUCCUCCACCCGUCUCCCGGACUCGGGGGUGGCACCCGACACCCUGACACUUUCGGACACUGUUUGGGGAAGGGGUUGGGGGCGGGCACGGUGGACUACAUUUCCCAUCAUGCCCAACACUGCGGUCCUCACUAAACAAAAAAGGAAGUCGAUUCCUUCACCUGGAUCCCUGGCGGCCCCGAGGGAGGGAGGGGCCGGGACCGCCGACUGCGUUGGAGACUUUUCACUAAGUUUCUGGUCAGAUGUGUUGUGUGUGUGUGCUUCUAAAGUUGCACUGUUCUGGUUUCAGCCUUUGGUUGCAUUUCAUGAAACCAGCAUUGUUCGAGGCUGCGAGAACCCUGUCCUGUGUCUUCAGCUCGAUAGAUUUUGUUUAAUUUAAAGCCUUUUGUUGUAAAAAGGUGGGGUUGGUCUGCAGCCCCUCUGGUUCUCUGCCACCAGCACCAUGUGGACUCCAAAACGAGUUGCCAACCGUUCCUUUCUUGGCCCUUCUCCCUCAUUCUCCUGUAUUUUUGUGUAUACUGAAUUGUAUAUCACCGGGUAAAACUGUUCAAAUUAUUUGUUUAAAUUUAUAAUCUUAAUAAAAAGUCGAUUAUAGAGGAUGGUGGUGCCUUGUUUUUAGGUCCGCCUUGGAGGUAGCGGGGAGAACAGAGGGAGGCGGGGAGAAACCUCUACCCCCAUGCAAAUACCAGCUCUCCAGGGCCAGAGCAGGAGGGAUCUGCCUACACCCGCAAGGCCCGGUUGGGAGCAGGAUGGGCCCGUCAGGGGUGGGGGUGGAUGGAUGUCGUUUGUCGGGGAUGAAGCCACUGCAGCGCCCUCCUGGGGACCUGCCCCCAAGGGAACCAGCCGCCCCCGAGUCUCCAGUAGGAAGCCCAGCCUGCCUCCAGCACAUUUCCUGCCCGGCGAGGGACGCAGGGCCUGAUCGUCUUCCAGGCUCCCUCGCGCUCGUUUCUCGUCCCUGUUCCGCCCUUUCCUACGCCAACCACCCAGCUGGACGCCUCCCGCCCCCACCCCAGCCUCGACACCUCCCGCAGCGAGAGGAGGGGGUAGCCGCCUAGAGGCCCCCUUCCCAGACUCGGAGAGACUGACGAAGGCCAGUUCCAGGGGCCCGCUCGGCUCUGGGUCCCCGAGUCGCGCGAAGCGAAGUUCUCGGGGACACUCCAGAGCGCGGGGGGCCGCGAAGGUCCGUGGUGGGGCUAUGGGAAGAGGGAGGCUAAUGGAGGCGUGAGUUACGGGGAGGAAAGGCACCUUCACCCUCCAGGGCUGUUUUCUCGGCCUCCCACGGGAAGAGCCUGGAGCUGCUGGGGAGGGAGAACGCUGCGUCUCCCCCUCCCCAUUUUUUCCGGGCAAGUCCUAGGGGUUGCUGUUUGAUGCACGGCUUUGAUUCCAUCCGCCAAGCCAGUUGCCAGAGCUCCCCCUAGCGCCGCUUCGAGGGCGCUGCAGCUGCUGCGGCUAGGAGUGGGCGAGGCACAGCCCGGGGGGCUGUCGGGCUGCUGGGGGCCGCUACUCGCCGCACACUUGGGAAGCAGCGCCGCUUGCGGAUCCUGCUCUGGCUGGAGAGGGAGCCCAGAGCCACGUACGUCCCCACUCCAGGCCGUCGUCCGGGAGGGGGCACGUGGUCUGCCGCCUUUGUUGGGGGCGCGGAUCUGGGCAUGGGAAGGGACUAGCCAAGGGGCUAGGGAGUGUGGGUGGUGGCCUGCAAAAUAAGAACUCUAAACCCAGCAGGACCUCGGACCAGCAUUCUCCUCCCCUCUGCCGGUUGUCUGAGCUUCAGCGGCGCCAAGAGACUCAGGUCCACUGGGAUCUAGUGAAAUGAAGGGAUAGGGAAGGAGGGCUCCGCGAGCACCCAGAAGAGGCGUCCUCCCCCACACCCUUAUCUUUUCAUGGCAGGGGACCUUGGGGAGCCGCACAAAGGGUUAAUACCCUGAGCACAAUAGGCAGGGACCCAAAACACAACUCACUGGCCUGGCGAUCUACAUCUCACACUAAGACAUUCCACACAAAAAAGUAACACAAGCAUCAACCUGAGAGUAUCCUGCACACCACACUGAGGGCCACACCCAGUCACACACACUGUCCCCAACACAAGGCUGCUCUUAAGUGGCAUCCUCCCUUCACUCAAACCCCCAGGGGACUGGCCCAGCACGCAGCUUGCCCUUCCGGAAGAUCCUAAGAGACUGGUGCUCCUGUGCACAGCGCCACUGAAAGACUGGCGGGUGGAGAAAGAUGCCUGGCCCUGAGGGUCCUCGGAGAAGGGGAAGCCAGCAGACAGGCAGUCGCACCAGGAGUCCCCAGACCCAGGUCUCCGGACAAGCUCCCCUCUCUCUAGUAAACAGACCAAGCCAGAGCCUCCAGGCAGGAUGUGGGGAGGCAGGGAGAAUGGAAGAGUUUGAGGGAUGCAGGGUCUGAUGAAAGGGGGCUUCCAGAGAACAGCAGCUCAAGCAGCCAGAAUUCCAGCAAGCCCCUCGUCCCCCAGGUUAACCAGCCCCCACCCACCGCCCACACAUGCACUGCCCCCAGGUCCUAGAACACUGCAGGUCCCGAUGCCCUGGAUCCCCGGUAUAGAGCUGAGCAAGGCUCCAAGCUGCGCUCCCAGCAACAUGGAGCUGCCAGGAUGACAGCCCAGAGCCUCAGAGAGCUGCAGGCUGCCCUCCAGAGAAGCUGGGGGUGCCCUGGGCUCCCUGGAGGUCCGCUAUGCAGAGCACAGAGAUCUGAGUGCUUCUACAGCGUGGUGUGUGUGUGUGUCCCUCUGGUGCAGGGCAUGCACACCCAAGAGCUAUGUCUAUGCAUUUCCACUCUAUGGACACACAUUUACAGAGCGCCUACUUGGUGUCUAGCCUGUUCAAAGCACUGACCACCUGGAAAAAGAACUGCAAAUAAAAAAAACAGCA